CGAAAGAAGUGCGUAGCUACCCAGUCUAUGGCAUGGGAGGCCAAGGAACCCCCGUAGAUUCUGAAUACAACCAACACCUGCGGGCUGCCUUGACCCACCAGCAGUACCCUCUUCCAAGGGACCCCUAUCAGUUAAGCUCGGAACUUAGUCAUACACCCCCCUCAGAAAACGCUUCUGAUGGCGGCGCCGCUGAUGGGUCUUCUAGGGGAUCCACAUUAACUGUUAAUGGAGAAAGAGAAUUUUCCGAAAAAGUGAAAGCUCUAUUAGAAGAAAGCCAACAAAUUGUGGAGCAACUAAAAUAUCCUUUCGAAAUGUUGCCAUUUGUUUACGCGAUAUUGGGAUUGUCUGGUGGAAUAUCAGAAGCCAUUAAGAAUAUUCACAACGGCCAAUUAGUCGUCAGUGAAUAUUCUCGUAUGAACAAUUUGAACAUGUACGACGGCGGUGAACUGAGAAAUUCAACGCGACAAUAUGGAUGAUGAUAAAUAACCAAAAUCCAUUUUUCGAAAAAAAUUAAAUUAAAUCGUGUUUAAAUCGAGUCCACCGAGCUAUUUGCUAAAAUUAAUAAAUAAGAGUGUAUUUUUCUUCUCCAUUCUAUUAAUGUAUAAUUGUUGUUAGAUUUUAGAUUCUUGGUAUUAUUCGAUAACCUUAAUAAUAAUUCUUAGUGUUAAAUUAGUUUUAAUGAUAACCUACAAUCAACACACCAAAGACAUCAACAUCAUUGAGGAUCAGCAAUCAACAUUUUGCAGAGCAGAUCACUGGAGCACGGAUUCUUCAAUCAACAUUUAAAAUGAAUUUGUGUUUGAUAAUAUUUUUAUCUUUAUAAAUAAUUAAAUGAAAUAAUAAUUAAUUUGCUGGAAGAUUAGUUCUGCGGAUCUGAGGCUGCAAGCAGGCAAGUGUGCCGUAGGUUUGUGUGAACCAAUUGUGUCAUGGCAUAGGUAUCAAUUGUACCAGAAAAUCCAUUCGCUAACCCAAAUGAGCGCAUUUUCGGCAGUUUCAUCAACACAAUACCAGUCUUUGCCGAUACUUCGAAGUUGCUCACCAACUCUGGAUCUCAGCAGGUACACUUGCGAGGAAUUGUCGAGGAUGGGUGUGCCACGUCAUAUGUACGGUUCUUAGGAUUAAGGUAAGAGAACAUAUGAGAAUUUAC